GAAUAUACGAAAAUCAAAUUCUCUAUACGGGGGGACUCCGGUCAACUAUCAACAAUUGAGUAUUGUUAUUAGUGUGAUUCGAUAAGAGCUAAAGGACAGAGAAGAUGUUCAUAGUAACAAAACAGAUUGACAGUGAAAAUAUUAGCAAACUUUGUCGCACAUGUUUGAGAGAGGACGGUGACAAAAUGGUGUGUUUAUUUGUUGGUCCAGCAGGCUCCUCAUUGGCUGCGAAAUUGAGAUCUUUAUCUUGCUUAGAGGUUUGGCAAGGAGAUGGUCUCCCAGAAAAACUCUGUGAUCGCUGUGUCACACGAGCAGAGUCAGCUCUAUUAUUCCGAGAGCAAUGCAGAGCUGCUGAUAGAGCUCUGCGCCAGGCAGCAUCAAAGGUCUCUGGUCUAACAACGUACACAACUGUGUCCGGUUGCAAAUUAUACGAGGAAAAUCAAGGCUUCACUCCAAUCGAAACCUCUGGGAAAACCCUAAAAUGCGUCGAGUGUGGAGCAGUAUUCAUGAAUUACCAAGAACUCUGUGUUCACAGUCGCCUUCACGCUCCAUUCGUCCAUGAAUCAACCUUGAUGCAGCACAUGCACAUAGUCGAAUCAAAUAAUCAGUUUUUCACCACUGAAUCCUCAAUAAACGAUCCAGUCAUAGAAGAUAAUAGAAAUGCAUCAGUUGCAGUUCUAGAAGCACCGAAAACCGAUAGACCUGCCUGCGCACUCCACUGUUCUCUGUGUAAUCACACAUUCCCAAACAGAAAUCAGCUGAUAAAUCAUAAUUUUACUCAUUGUAAUGACAAUGUUGACACUUCCUGUGAUAAUGAUAGUAUCGAGAUUGCAGAGGACUCAACUGAAAUUGCCGAGAACCUUACCUUUCAUCAGUAUCCGAGGGAACCUGAAGAUCAUCAGACUAUUAUCAAUAAUAUGACUUAUCCUGAAAAUUUAAGCAUUCCUCAGUCCCAAAGAAUUCCACCCGAAAUCAUUAAUUCCGAGUCUGAUUUACCUGACAUUUCUACGAGUAAUGGAACCUUGACGUACUCUAAAUUUACGGAUGACAAAAGGACUCAUAAAUGUUCUAUUUGUGAUAAAACCUUCUCCCAAAAAUCUAAAUUAAAGACUCAUGAAUUAUCUCAUACUGGACAGAGACCUUUCAAAUGCAGAGAUUGUCAUAAGGCAUAUGCUUCUAAGAGUAAAUUAAAUGCACAUGUGAGAUUACAUACGCGGACUGAUCUUCAUGAUUGUAAAAUCUGUGAUAAAAUAUUUUCAUACCCGUCCUAUUUGAAGGAACAUAUGAAAAUUCAUAAUGUUGGUAACAAAAAGGAGGUAACAGUGAAGGCGAAGAAGUUCGAAUGCUCAAUUUGUUGUAAACAAUUUCGAAUGAAAAAGAAUUUGAAGGCGCAUUUGAAACUUCAUAGCGGGGAGGGUCUGUUUCACUGUGAAAUUUGCAGCAAAAUUUUUAGUCAAAAGUAUAAUCUAAAGACUCACAUGAAAACUCAUAAAGGUGUCAAGUUACAUAAAUGUGAAUAUUGUUCCAAAUCAUUUGCUGAGAAGGGCAAUUAUACUGAACACUUGAGGAUUCAUACGAAAGUCAAACCUUUCAGUUGCAAAAUGUGUGGAAAGAGCUUCGCGCAGUCUAGUCAUUUGAAGAGUCAUGAGGCAACGCAUGACUCUAAGAGACCACAUCAGUGCACUUUGUGUGGGAAGAGGUUCAAACUUCUAUCGCAUUUGAAACGCCAUACUAAUUCACAUUCUUCUAUUAAGAGUUUUAAGUGCAAUCAGUGUGAUCAAAUGUUCUCACAGGCAUUUAGUUUGAAGAGGCAUCUAAAGAGACAUAGUGAAAUUUAGGAUUAAGUAUUCUACAUUUGUAUUCUUUUUUUAAGCUUUUGUUUAAUAAAAUCAGAAAUAACUUCA